AUGCAUCCGGUUUUCGCUAUCGAUAGCGAGCGCCGUAUCUGCAGGACUGAGCUGAUACUGAUGAUAGCGGCGCUGUACGCGCUGGAGUAUAUUGCGCAGGGUGCGAAGAAGACUGCGUGGAACUGGCAAUGGAGGGAGCGCACUGCUCGGCCGGAGGGCGUAGAUGCGCGGGUGCCGUACCUGCCGUGUACGCGAAGCCAACAUGCAAUGCAGCAUGAGAGUGCGACCAAGGCGCUCAGCGUUGCGAAGCAGGAAUUCAAGCGCGGCAGCACUUUAUCCUGUAUCAACUCUGAUGAGCUGGAAAGCGGUGGGAAGAACCCAACCCACAAGACGCCGUCGACGAGAAAGCAGCCCCGUAUUCGGCCGUCCCCUUCCGCGCACGUUCCCAAUCCGCCGGCACGUGACCCACCCAACCACCAAGAACACGGCUCGCUUCCGGCCUGGCUCGACGCCGAUCAGCGCACUCCAGCCACAAGAUCGACGCUCCGCUUUCUUCUUUGA